CUUGACAUCUUCACUUGAAAAAUAUUUCGUCGUUGGAAAUUGUUUAGCCAAAAACAAAUCUGUAACACAUUUACUAACCAAAAAAUAAAGCCCCCAAAUGAUUAGAUCCUGUCGAGCCCUGAUCUCCAAAUGCGGACUACACAUAAGACGAUGUUCUCUGGCAAAGGCAGCCAGUAGUUUGAAAAAAGAUGAUGUCGAAGAAAUGGAAACACCAGCGAAUAGACAGAGGGUUGAGCUGCCACCGAAUCCCGAGGAAAAACUAAGCAAGCGCUAUCUUGAGUUCCGGGAAAAGCUGCGAUCGGAGGCGCCGCUAGAACCACUGCCCGAGUGUGCACCACAUCCGGCCCACGAAAAGGAGCCCCUGAAACCGUGGCCCAAUAAUACCAAUCCGUAUACCGGGGAAAUCGGUGGACAGGCGGGACCAGAACCCACGCGCUAUGGCGACUGGGAGCGCAAGGGACGAGUCACGGAUUUCUGAGCGGAGUCAUAUCUUCACCUCGACACCUUUUUCUUUGGACAAUUGUGAUUUAUUAACCGUGUUAGCAACAGAAGCACUCACAAUUUGUUACACUGCCGAUGGGCGAGGAAAACUGUGCGCUACAGUAGCCACGGAAUCCAGAUCAAGAUGAGUAAAAUCAAGAUACCCAUACCCAGUGCUGCUUCUGCGAAGGCAUUACAUAAAUUUCUUUGUGUGAUUUCUUUGUGGCUUCUAUCGAGAGGAUUUGUGGAUGGCCAUGCCAUCAAAAUUAAAUUGAUAGCCCUUUCUUUCGCCUCUCGAAGAAAAGGGGUUCUCAGAAUAGAGAGUCGCGACCGAAUCUUCUACUCCCAUUAUUU